UCAUGGAAAACGAAGCUAACGGUUUGACAGACUCCUCCGUGGCCAGACACAGUACAGACCGUACCUUACGCUUGGAACUAAUUUCUCGUAAUCAAAAUGGCUCACGCCAUGACCAAGGCACAGGGAUGGGGGCAGAGAUUGUCGGGUCAAACAACACUGCUAUCGACUCGUCUGCAACCGGUUUCCCUUCGGCCAAAGUCUUCCCAACGAACACUCAAGCUUCAACUCUGUUUGCAUUGUCUGCACUGAACAUAAGACCUUGGAAUAUUAAGUCUUUAGAGUCCACGAACAACAGUCCUCUUGCAUUGGUCCAAAAGUCCAUAUUAUACUAG